AUGGCUGCUGAAUCUAGUAUUAAGACUACCAACUGGAGACUGGUUGAAUUGGGAAGAAUCGUUUUGGUCGAGAACAAAUUGGCUGCGAUUGUUGAGAUUAUUGACCAGAAGAGGGCUUUAAUCGAUGGACCUGCUAUCGCCAGACAAGCCAUUGGUUUCAGUAAACUUACUUUGACUCCAUUGGUGUUGGCCAGACUUCCAAGAGGUUCUAGAACUUCCACCGUUACUAGGAAGUGGGCUGCUGCUGAUAUCGAUGCUAAGUGGACAAAGAGUGCUUGGGCCAAGAAGAUCGUUCAGAAACAAAAGAGAGCACAGCUUACAGACUUUGAGAGAUUCCAGGUUAUGGUGUUGAAGAAGCAGAGAAACUAUGCUGUCAAGAAGGCUUUGGCAAAGGCUUAA